CCGCACAGUUUCAGGUGUUCGAGUCUAAAACGCGGACACAACCAGAUCUGUGUUUAUUGGAAAAGUUGUACAUGGGUAAAGGACAAAUAAAUUACCUGGCGUGAAUUUGGUGCCUGAACUUCUGGUCUGUGACUAGUCUAACAAUCUGUUUGUAAUCCAAAAAGAAAGAAAUAUAUAUUUAACAAAAAGAAAGACAAUGCUUGGAUUUUAUGUACUAUUUCUUACACUGCCGUUGUCGUGGGCGUCACUUCUGCGUGAUGUGGAGCUACAACACCACGUCCUGACGACCACCCGUCAGUCGUCACUGCUGGAUUGUUCUGCGGCCUGUCUCACUGACAUGUGCUGUUUGUCUUUUAACUUCUUUCAACCCACUCUGGAGUGUCAGCUCAACUACAAAACUAAAGAUCAAAGUCCAAACGACUUCGUCCAAAAGAAGGGAUCAUUUUACAGAAACAAGGCUACCAUACCAGUGACAUUAGCUGGUGUUUGUGGCACUUACAAAUGUCUUUCCUGUGAAACAUGCCGCGUUCUUCCUGGAAGAAAUGAUUGCGUCUUACGUGAGGGUAACGUCAUAGAGGUACCUCGGUAUCGGCGAUCAGGCUCACUUUCCUCUGUGACGCACAACUGUGAUGACGUCAUGGCUAGCAAUCCGUGCACGGGCAGAUACACGCUGACAGCGCCGGAAGUGACCAAUGUGACUGUGUUUUGUGAUAUGGCAACCCUUUCUGGUGGUUGGCUGGUGUUUCAGAAAAGAAUGGACGGAUCUGAAGAGUUCUACAGAACUUGGAAUGAAUACAAAAAUGGGUUUGGUGACGUAAACAGAGAAUUCUGGCUUGGAAACGAGAUAAUCCACCAGAUAACGAGUCGGACGGUUUACGAACUGCGGAUUGAGUUGGAGGAUUUUGAAGGCAACUCGCGCUAUGCGAUAUACUCUACGUUUUCAUUGGGUAGCGAGGCGGAGAACUACACUCUUCACAUUGGCUCUUACAGCGGAGAUGCAGGCAAUGCGCUGGGCUCUUUCAACGGCGUGCCAUUCAGUACAAAAGAUAUGGAUUUGGAUUCGUACAAAUACAGCUGUGCCAAGAGGUUUCAUGGAGCGUGGUGGUACAUCGCGUGUCACUCGUCCAACCUAAACGGCUGGUAUCUCAGAGGACCUACUAAGAUAUAUGCCACGGGAGUUGUAUGGAGUCCGUGGAAAGGUCAAUAUUAUUCGCUGAAGAGAAGUGAAAUGAAAAUAAGACCUGUCCUGGUUUGACCGUCUUUCUUUGGUGGAUUUCAUGAAGACGUUUGUGAUAUUUAUGACCAAUGAAAAUACCCGUUUUAGCUUGAUAGUCUUUCCUUGGUACAUGUCAAGAAGACUUUUGCAUAUUUAUGUCAGAUGAAAAUAAGACCCAGCCGUGUUUGGGCGUCUUUUAUUGGUUGAUUGCAUGAACAUGUUUGUGAUAUUUAUGACAAAAGAAAAUAAGACCCGUCCUUUCUUGACAAGUGUUUUAUUGGUGUAGUUCUUGAAGACUUUUCAGGUCGUAUACUGGAAGGAAUUGUGGUUUAACCGGUUUUGACAUAUGAAGAGUAUUUCCUUGAAAAUUAUUCAAAAGUGUCUAAUUUAGAAAACAGUUUAUUGGCGAAAUAACUAAAUUUUAUAGCCACUUUGUAUGAAAAUUAGCAAAUUGUUAAUUAGGCAUUGAAUAUGGUGAGCCCUGCGCUUGUGACUUCCAACACCGAAAAGAAUACAGUUGUAUCUGGUCAUUGCGUAUUGCGACAACCUCCAUUUACGAACACGAUGCAACUUUAAAAAACCAGCAACAUUAUGUUUUGAUUGACAAUUAAUUUUCUAGAAAACCUCUUCAAAGUCGCCGGAGUUUCUGUGAUACGUAUCCGUUUUGCUUUUUAUAUAACAACAAGUAUUUUACAUCUACUAAAUACACCGGGAUAACAAACAAGAAGUUGAUCUGUCCACAAUGACAAAUUAAGAAAAAUAUUUUUUAGUAAUGUGAAAUGCAAAUUUAAGAAUGCUGUAGCAAAUAACAUUAUACUGAUGGAAAGUUAAAAUGUUAAAGUUUGUUUUGAUUAACGACACCACUAGUGCUAUCAUACAUCUGACAAUUCUGACUAGUAGUCAACAGAGGAAACCCGAUAUAUUUUUCCUAACGCAGCAAGGGAUCUUUUAUAUGCACUUUCCCACAGUCAGGAAAGCACAUACCACAGCCUUUGUUUUUUAAACGACUUAGAGAAUUUUUGCAGCCAACACGGCAGCUGGACUAGACAUGAUUGCAGCUAUGUUUAAUCAAGAAUAUAAUGUUUAUUUAAAGUUGUUUAUAUUACUAUAUGCGGAUGAUAUUAUUUUACUGGUUGAAUCCGCGGAUACUUUACAACAUGAACUUUGUAUCUUUUCACAUUAUUGUCGUUCAUGGAGACUUAAUGUGAAUACUAACAAAACUAAAAUAAUUAUUUUUAGUAAAGGGAGAAAAACCUCGUAACUACAUAUUUAAAUUCGAUGAAGAUAUUAUUGAAAUGGUUGAUGACUAAGUAUUUGGGAAUUAACUUCACAUGAAAUGGAUUAUUCAGUUGCAAUGUUAAGCAAUUCUACAACAGAGCAAUGCAAACUGUGUAUAAUAUGAUAACUAAAAGCCGCAACAAUAAUCUCUCUAUCACCUGUUCUUGAUUUAUAUGACAAAAUUGUACAAACAGUUUUAUUAUAAGGUUGUCAAAUCUGGGUUUUACAAAUGUACAGUUAGUACAAAGUCUUCUCUUGCACAUGCGUAAAUAUUUAUUGAAUGUUAAUAAAUAUAAACUCCGGGGUUUAUGGUUUAUGGCGAAUUAGGACGGUAUCCCCUUUGUAACAGUUAGAAUGGUUACUUUUAGGAGGAAUUUGAUAUGUACAAAUGCACAUAAGAUAUCAGCACGGUUGUAUUAUUUAAUGUAUACUAUUGAUUCGCUAUGGAAUAAAUGUGUCACAAAUAUUCUACAUGAAUGUGGUUUAAUAUAUGUUUGGACAUUUCACAAGUUUAUUGAUCUUAAAUCGUUACGUGCAUCGGUAUUUCAGGUAUUACAUAAACAAAAUUUAAUGUUUUGUUUAAUGGAAAAAUUAAAUUCAAAUGUCUCCUAAGGGUAUUAAUUAAAAAUGUUUUAAAAGUAUUAAAUUUGGAAAUAUAUCGUACUAAGCUGUCCCAAAAGAAUGCAAAUGUAAUUUGCAAAUUUAGAACAUGUAAUAUAAAACGUCCAAUCGAAACAGGAAAAUACUAUAAUAUUCUCGUCAUGUCAUAUAUGUAAUCUUAAUGAGAUUGGAGACGAAUUUCGUUAAAUGUUUAAAUGUACAGAUUCUAUAUUACUAAAAGUGAGAAAAAUAUACCUGAGUAAUAUAGGGAACGUAUAUGUUAACAUUAAAAGUAUAUUUGUUUUAAUGAAAUAAUGUCAGUCAGUAAAAAACAUAUAUAUAAACUCUGUGUGUGUGUGCGUGCAUGCGUACGUACGUGCGUGUAUUGCAUUCUUCUCUACACUGUAAGCUUGCCGUUUAUGAGAAUAAAGGUCUUUGUCAUUGACAUUGUAUUCCUACCUAGUUGUCUUUGUUUGAAUAUGUACCAAUACAUUUGAUAAUCUACGUUUUGUAGCUUGUAUUAUAAUUAUGCUGUUCACUACUAUUUUUACAACCAAACAAAAUAAUUAAAAAUACUUAGGGCUGCAUACACUGUUCACUAAUACUUAUCGUCAUGGCUAUUACUGUAACCAUGCAUCCACUGUUCACUAAUACUUAUCGUCAUGGCUAUUACUGUAACCAUGCAUAUACUGUUCACUAAUACUUAUCGUCAUGGCUAUUACUGUAAUCAUGCAUCCACUGUUCACUAAUACUUAUCGUCAUGGCUAUUACUGUAAUC